UUCCAGAGUUGCUAACAGUUGCUGUCUGACUGAAUGUCCGCCUCCCCCUCCCCUCUUCAUCCCCUCACCCGGAGAUUUUCGACGUAUUCGGCCAGUGUCAUAUCCUGAUUUGAAAACAACGCACAAUGACAAGUCCUUGCGUGUACUUUUCGCUCUUUUACGUUGUGCUGACUCUGUGCAUAAUUUUCCCACCGCCUGAAUUCAAAUCAGCGGGGCUGACACUUGAAGUGAUCUUCCAAAAAUGGCUUGGAAGCGAAAACGAAAUGUUCAUUCAAUACCACGUUAAACGGACAUCAAUGAACUUAUUCCUUCACUCCAUGGUCCCAUUUGGUUACAUUCUGGGUUUGGAGUACGUGAGGGCUUACAGCUAUGCAGACGUGGAACAACAGCUAUUGCCAACAUGGAGUUACUCAUGGAAAGUCUAUGUUGUGACCGCUACCCUCAUCCCACUUACAGUGUGUGCCUUCUUUUUCUGGUGGUUCCCUAAUCUGUGGAAAAACCACCCAGUUGCACGUAAACUGGCUCUCUAUGCCAACCCAGGAGCCACUUGGUGGGCUGUAGCUUCAGAUAUCAACAUUGAAUUUAGAAGAAUUAAUAAAAUUAGUAUUCAGUCAAGCUCAGUAGUUCGGGUUGUGGCGACUGACAACUGGGUCAUUAAAAUAUCGCCAUAUACUCUCGACGUAGCUCAUCAAUCUGACACAGCACUCAUUCUCUCUAGUGCUGACGUUCACCCGUGGUCACCACAUAUAAAUGAUAAUGUCCAAUUUGUCAAUAUUGAGGUGAAACCUACUAGACAGAAUGCUAGACCAUUUAAAAUAAGACUGAAUGCCUUAGAUCUCAAGGAUCUCCAGAAUCGUAUUACCCGCCCUAUCACUAUUUUAGGGAAUGUCAGAGUACAAGGGUCUCUCACGGACCGAUUUUUAGAGACAUUUUCUGAAGAGGUGUCAAAAAACCCUGUCUACUCUACAACUGAGGAACUUGAAUCAUGCAUAGGCUGUAUGCAAGUUACAGCCAAUGUCAAAUUACGUAAAAUGUGUGAGGAGCUACCUGCUCACCGGGACAGCUGCACAAAUUGUUAUUGUAGGCCCAUGUGGUGCGUGGACUGCAUGGCUAGAUGGUUUGCCUCCAGACAAGAGAAGGAGCCAGCCACUUGGUUGUCCUCUAAGUGUUCCUGCCCAUUAUGCCGAGCACGUUUCUGUAUUCUUGAUGUAUCUCCUGUUGUUCAAGAGUAAUCUAGUUUGCCAAUGUCAAUGACUGCCCAUAAGCUAAGGACAUAAUAAGUGUUGCUAACUUGUAAUAGUAUUAAUUUUAUUAAGAUACAAAAAAAUAUAACGAGAUGUUUACAAGGCCAUGGUGGCAGCAAGCUUUCAAACUACUAUAUCAUACUUAAGUAAUAGAGCAGCAAAUGCAUAAUACUGAUAGUAAUUCAGUCUUAUGACUAAUGGACACUGGCACUUGAAUUUCCAAAUUUGUUCUUGGAAUGAUUUCAGCAAGUUCUAAGCGAUAGAGUAUUGCAUGUAACAUUAUAACAUUAUUUAAAUGCAAAUUUUUAUAAUCUUCAGAAAUAACUGUAACCACCAAGCACAACUGUAUAUUUCACCUCUGGGGGAAACCCACGAGGUCUUCUGUGAUGAAACAUGUGAUGAUUCUUUGGAUUGUACCUAUUAAAUAAUCUAAGUAGCACAGGUUCACCUUACAAUUUUUGUUCAAGUUAUCAAAAAACAAAAAAAAUAAGGAAUUAUUGACCUGUAAGAAAAAUGAAAUUCAAAAAAUAUAGAUGAUAUUUAUAGAA